CUGAUUGGAGGAAAAUUGUACGGCCGCCAUUUUCAAACCAUGGCACAACAGUCAUUGUAAUUCAGAUCUCGUAAAAAGAGUUAAAAUAAAAUUUAUAUUUAAUGAAUACCAUUUGAUUUAUACAUGUAGCCGGGAUACGUUUAGGCGGUGUUUUCUUUGGGCAUGGAUGAGCUUGAUGCUUGUUCCCGGCUGCAGCAGUUGGAUGACGAAAGUGAACAACUGCAAAAGAAGGGGGGAUCAAGGCGGAAAUCCUCAGUCUCCUCACUUGUAGGCACUGAGACCCCGGAAUGUGCUACUUCCAGGCGAACCACAUUACGAAGAGGAAGUUCUUUUACAUUUCUUACCCCAGGGCCAUAUUGGGAUUUUACACUGGGUAUGACUACCAGUCAGCUAUCUAAGCUCUAGGGCACCUUUCAUACAGCCAAACUGACACUAACUCCAGCAGUACCAUAUAAAGGGAGUUUGGGCACCAAAGGCUUCAGAACUUUCUUGCCACCAAAGUGCUCCUCUUCUUGAGUGUUUGUGGAACUGACAGUCGGCUAGCAAUCUUUUCAAGACUGGGCAG